AUGAGCAGACCCAAAGUCGUUCCAUAAGAAGAUUCAAGAAUGUAUUUCUUCGAAAAUGUUGAGGCUUCCUAAUAAGCAGAUAUUUUCAACCAUAUAAAAUACAAGAUUGACUCCAUUCUAUUGCUUUCUCGCCUAGACAGAGAACUUGACAUGAAGGAGUUUGCUAAAUUAUGUUCGAAUGUCGGUAAACCUAAAGAAUUUUUCAAACUCGCCAGAUACAGUGAACUAAUGAAAGGCCAAGUACUAAUAACUUUUGACAGUGUCCAGGAUAAAAGGUACUUCAUGAAUGUAAUGAGAAUAGUCUACCCAGAUUUCCUUAGUCAAGAACUUUCAAAGAUAGUCAAGUUCUUUUGUAUGAGUCAGUUUCAAGAAGAAAAGGAAAUUGAUUGGAAAGAUUUCUUCAUCAGAGCAUUCAAGGAAACCUAAACUGUGUUCUUAUCAACUGGAGCUGAAGUAUUGGCAACUGAUUACAGACUAUCAAAACAUGCCCUAAUGCAGCCAUUUAUGGAAACUACAUGUGUUGUAGUCGAAAUGAGUAAUUCAUUCUAUGGACUUGAAUUGUUCCUUCAUCUUAAUGAUGGCAUAUUACAAAAGACAGGAGUUUUUUAAAGUUUCUAACUCUAUGCACUUUUUGAAGCAGAUGAGGAGUAAAAGGUUGUAACUGUAGAAAAGAAGGAACUCUAAAAAAUUGAGGAUGAUGCAGAGAAAGCAGAGAAACACAUCUCAAACUAUAUUGAUAAGCAAAUGGCUAUGAUAAUGUCUGCUGAUAAGUACAAAGAAAAGGGAUUAGAUAAAGCAAGUGCUUAGGUCAAAACUGUUGAGUAUUUGAAAUAAAUGGGAGAUUAGUUAAAGAAGGUUAAAGUAACUGAGCUAGUAAAGUAUCUUGAUUCAACCAAGCCCUACAUUGCUGAGCUUACUCCAGAAGACAAAGAUGAUCUUGCUCAUUAAAUACUAUAUAUUCAAGAUGCCAAUAAAAAUUAAGGUCCAUUUACUAGAAAUAACGAACCAUUGUUAUUCAUAACUGCUCAUAAUGUUUAAAGAUAUUGGGACUAUGAUCAUCUUAAGUAUAGCAACAAGAGAGAUCCUACUGUAGCAGAAAUGGAGUAAUCACUAUACUAGUUCAAUCCAGCUAUUUCAAAAGAACUCUCACCGGUAAUUCAAAAACUUUAAGGAUAAAAAGAUACUAUUAAGCAAAACUAUUGCUGCAUUACUCAUGCUGUUUCUUAAAAUCUACUGAAUGCUGAUUCUAAAAAUAUGUGCAGAGAUGUUAAUAAACUAGCUAUUAAUGCGUUCUUUAAUGAAAUAGGAUUAAAAUAAGGAGACUAACAUGUCGAUGCUCAAUUUUUCACUAAUUAUGCUGAAAGCUCAAGAAGACUAAAUUCUGUAAUGCCUGUUCUUAAUAGUGUACAUCUUUGGGGGAGAUAUAAGCAAUAGUUUGAUGCUGACAUUGAAUCAGUGACUAUCUAUCAUACAGCUCCCUAGGUAGAUCAAAAAUAUCAUUCAGGCUAAGUGUACAGGAAUAUUAAUUGGGUAUAUGGAAUGAAAUCACUUUCAACUGCCCUCAAAUUUGGAGGAGAAGCUGUCUAUAUUAUUACUAUACCUAAAGAGCAUUUUAAUUCCAUCUGUCAUUUAUGCAAAGAUAGCUACGUAAUUCCACCAAUGCAAGUUAUUUAAUACCUAGAAUCACAAACAAUUUCAUAUCCAUAAGAAACUGAGCUCCCAUACAAAAGUGUGAAACUUCACUAGUUUAAGGUAGUUGAUGAUUACAAAAACUUCAUUAAAUGGCAAAGAAAAGAAGUCAUCAAAGGGCACUGA